UGUGUUUUCGAUCAUCAGUCAGUUCGGUCCGGUCAGUUCUUUUUGUUUUCAGUUUACAGAAAAACGCGUGUUCCUUAUUUUGUUGGGAGAAGUCUGCAGUUUGAUUUUAAUUUAAAGUAAAAUGCGUGGCAAGGGACGUCGACAUAAAAGAGCUCUCAAAGUAAAAGUAGAUGCUCCGGAUGCUUUCGAAGAACCGACAGCGGUCAAAAAUGCCCCACACACGUUCGUGAUCCAUCGAGGUGAAAAGUGCUCCUCGGUGGUAGCAUUGUCGCGAGAUUUCCGUCGCAUGAUGGAACCGUUUACCGCUAGUGCGCUGAGGGAGCGACGCGUCAAUAAGGUCAAGGAUUUCGUUCAUCUGUCCGGAUUCUUCCACGUUUCUCACAUGUGCCUAUUUUCGCUGUCCCCGCAAACGCUGUCGCUGAAAAUAAUUCGGAUGCCUAAGGGGCCGACGUUGACCUUUCGGGUGACACAAUACACUCUUGCCAAAGACGUAAUUAGUAUGACGAAAAAGCAGUUUGUCGAUGAGGAGUGCUUCAACACUGCCCCGCUUGUCAUUUUGAAUAGUUUCAGCGGCGAAGGAAGACAUCUCAAACUGAUGGCAUCAACCUUCCAGAACAUGUUUCCUCCCAUAAAUCUUUCGACGGUAAAGCUUUCAAGCCUGAAACGUUGCGUUCUCCUGUCGUACAAUCCGGUUUCGAAACUGAUCGAUCUGCGCCACUAUUCCGUCACCGUAGUACCGGUUAAUUUAAACAAGGGCGUCAAAAAGGUCGUCACUCGAAACAUACCCAACAUGUCCAAGUUUGACGACAUUGCCGAUUUCGUCGAGAAGGGUCAUUUGCUCUCCGACUCCGAGUUUGACGAUGAGGAAACCCAUGUUGUGUUACCGCAGAAUCUAAGGCGCGGCAAUCUGGCGGACAACAAAUCUUCGCUGCGACUGCAUGAAAUUGGACCCCGUGUAACGAUGCGUUUGAUGAAGAUCGAAGAAGAUUUGCUCACUGGGGAGGUCCUUUAUCAUGACUACAUUCAGAAAAACGCCAUCGAAGUGGAAGAAAUGCGUAAGAAGCGCGCCGCCAAGAAGCGUCUCAAGGAGCAACGUAAGGAGAAGCAGGAGGAGAAUAAGAAAAAGAAGGAAGUUAAAAAGGUGGAACACAAGGCCAAGACGUCCGGUGGAACCGGACUAACCGAAAGGGAUAAGCAACUGCUCAAGGAUGCGGAGGAAGCAAUUGGUGAGCAAUCGGACGAGGAUGACACGCACUACUACGAAGAUGCCAUCGGCGAGGCUCCCGAUAAGGAAUUAUUCGAGGGUCAAAGCGGUACCAGGAAAAGACCUUUCAUUCCAAAAGGAUCGAACUAUUCGUUGAAACCGAAGAGGCCCAAAUUGGACAAGAAAAAGGAAUAUGAUGAAGACGAGAGGGAUGAUCGCCGGGGCCGUGGAGCAGCAGGCAAGAAAGGUAAGGGUGGCUUCAAAGGAAAGCCGAAGGGCGGAGCGACUAAUAAAAGUGGUGGUAGGAUAUCUGGCAAGAAAAUAGGCGGAGAGUAUAAGGGAAAAUCAAAGUAUGCCGGUAAGAAAGUGGAGGGCAAAGGUGGGAAAGGUCAGAAGAAGUUCAAGGGGAAUAAGAAAAAAUAGUGGAAAAAAAACUAUUUUUUAAAUAACACAUAGAAAUAUAUGAUACUAUACAAA